GGUAGGUACGAACGGAUAUACCCCCUAAGCACAAGAAUAUUGCAAGGGACUUUCAUCCCAAUGAAUCCACAAACAGAUAAAGCAACCUAGCUCUCUGCCAACCGAGUUAUACCGCCGAGUAACCUAGAACUUGUUUCUUUCACUUUCCUAGCUGCAGAUAGUUAAGUGCUUUGAUCUGAUUUGGAGUGCUAUGUGCAUUAACAAUGUCUUCUUCAGGCCAUAUGGAGAAUAUUUUGAUGAAAUUGAUGUAAAUGAAGAUAUUCAAUAGAUGAUAAAAAGAACUAAUGCUGGGUACAAUGCCUAAAUUAGGUUAUACUAUGGCUGGGAGGUUAUUUUACAAAGGUCUUUUGGUGCUGCCAAGUACAUCUCAACAUAUCUAACAAAUACUUCUAGAGUAUCAUGACGAUUUCGGGGGGAGGGCGGGGGUCACUCCGGGCUUCUCAUGACUAUUAAGUGAAUUGAACAAGUAUUAUAUUGGCCAACAAUGAAAAAAUAUGUGAAGAGAUAUGUGGCUGAGUGCAAUAUGUGCAAAAUACACAAAUAUUCCAUGUUGGAUUCUGGACUUAUUCAACCAAUUGUGUUGCCGUCUUUGAUAUGGCCAUAAUUUUAUGGACUUCAUUGAGACUAGAGUCUCACUAAGUCUGAGGGUGUCAAUGUCAUCUUGGUUGUAUGGGAUAGACUCAUCAAAUAUGCUCACUUUAUGAGCUCCAUACACCCUUUCAUGGAGACUGUGGUAGGAGAAAAGUUUGUACGUCUUCAUAGAUAUCCCACUUUCCAUUAUUUCCGACAGUGAUAGAAUCUUCCUGAGCAAAUUCUGGAGAGAAUAAUUUGGAUUGACUGGCACUACUUUGAAGUUUAGUAUUGUGUAUCAUUUUCAAAAUGACAGACAAUUGAGGUUCUCAACUGUUGUUUGGAAUCUUACUUAAGUUUUUUCACCUAGGUUCACCCCAAACAACCAAACAAUGGCACAAAUACUUAUCCUUGGCAGAAUUUAAUUUGGUAUAAUUAUUCAAUACCAUACAUAAUUGCACACUACCAUAAAUAAUUGCACAUGUCUCCCUUACACAUGACUCCAUUUAAGAUAGUGUAUGGUAGAGAUCUUCCAAGACUCUUGUUUUUUGAGGAUGGAUCCAGUAACAAAAGUGAGCUUGAAGCUAUGUUUGAAAUCUUGACAUGCUAUUUUGAAAGAUUGCAAAGUCCAUUUGUUAAAGGCGCAUGAGAUUGUCUUAUUAAAACGGAAACAUUGUGAUUGGCUCGUUGGUCUUAAGAAACAAACGUCGGGAUUUCGUAUUUGAGAUUGGCUCGUUGGUCUUUCUUGUGCUCAUGCCAUAAUGUCAAUCUUCUCUAAGCAAAGCUUUUUGCAAAAUAAUAUGGUCUUUUACAAUUUUGGAACGCAUGGACCAGGUAGCUUACCAUAAAACUACAAGAGGACAAUAAGAUCCAUCGUGUAUUUCAUGUUUCCUAACUAAAACAUUUCCGAUGAUGUUUGAGGAGAAUAUAAAUUGUAUCCUAACAAAGCACACGCUAUGAUGCAGAAGGUUAUCUUGAGGCUUUGUAAACAAGACUUUAUAACGUGAUUAUUAUGGUAAGAUUUUAUAAAGGUAAUAUUUAUUGAACAACUUAAACCUCUAAAAGUUCUCCAUUCAUACUUAUGAUUACAGAAAAUGUCACUGCAUUUUUAUCUUAUCUAGCCAUUCAUUAAGAUAUAUUUGGAAUACAUUAUUGAAUCUAAUUAAUUUCGCUUAACAACUAAAUGCAUCAGAUUUUUUCUCGUAUUUAUUAUAUCGUAAUAUUUUGCCUAUGCAAAUAUAGGCCACAUUAUUAAAAUAAAUAUUUGAAUGAAUCUUUUGAUUUGAAGAAAUAUUACCAGAAAAUAACUAGCUCACAAAAAAUGCUUAUGUUAAACCAUCAAAUCAUAUAUGAAUUUGGUAAAGUUUAAUAAAAAUGAAUAUUAUAUGAAAAUACCACAAAUGAGAAUAUGUUUAAAUCAAUAUUUUUAAGGUGACAUGAACAUUGAACCGGACUAUUUUGGUCAAUGGGUUAACCGCAGACAAACUGUAGGUCAAUAGUUUAACUAAUUUUAAUAUAUAACUAUAUAUAUAUAUAUAUAUAUUAAAAAUAUAUAAUUUAUCAUGUUUAAAAAUAUAGCAAAGUUUUAAAAAUUAUUUUAUAUUUUUUGUCAUUUCAAGUCAAAGUUAUAAAAUAUAAUUUACACAAUUUUUUAUAACAAGUUGAAGUUAUGACAUAUAAUUAAAAAUACGAUAAGAAUUAAAAUUAAUAAAUGCUUACAUGUCUAAUGAAAAAAUUGAAAUUAACUUUUAACUAUUUAAAUCAAAUUGGAUUACAUAUUGAUUACCCAUCGGUUCAACCGAUUAGCCUUGGAUUUUAGAAAUGUUUACGGGUUUUAUGAGGUAUUUAAAUAAUAAGUAUUUCUCAAAACUCAAAUCCGAUUACAUAUCAGAUCAUCGACUUUACUGGUUCGAUCGCAGGUGGGUCGGAUCAUGUUUAAAAGUGCUGAUUUAAAUACAAAUCAUAGUAUGAGUGUUAAAUCCGGUAAAACAUAGUCAAAAUAGAAAAAUUGGUUUGAAUUUAUUAUUUCCAUAUAAACCGAAUAAAUUUUAUUUUUAAGAAGCCACAUUAAAUAGAUAUUGUUCGGUAUACAAACCCUUCAAGUCGAAAAAAAUUGAGUAAAUUGAUUAAUUAAAAUAUAGUAACAUACUUAUAUAUAUAUUAUAAUAUGAUAAUGUGAAUGAUAAUAUAUACAUAACAUAAGAAAAUAAUAAGAAAAAGUAUGCCAAAAGUUCGAAAUCAAAUUGAUAAACGAUACAAACCAUUUCGAUAUAAUGAAAUUGAUUAAAAUAAUAAUGGUGCAAGCGGGCCAAGCCCUGCUGUUUAUUUCUUGUUUAAAAGGCCUAUCCAAGCCUACUGCGUUUUCCAAGUUAGCGUUAGACAUAUAAAAUAUGCAUCUCUCUCUCUAAAAUUAGGAUUCCUGCCCUAAUAUAUAAUUUGCCACCGCCAAAUCGUUUCGUUCCACAUCUGAAUUGUUUCGCAACCGAAUCAGUUCUUCAAAUACUACAUGUCUCAAACCAACCUACCUUUCAAAGAUGGUCAAACUGUUGAAGUAAGAUCCUUUGAACAUGGAUAUCGCGGAGCUUGGUUUCGUUGCAAGAUAGUAAGGAUAUACAUAGUGGAGGAGACAUUGUACUACAGCUUGAAGUAUCUUGAUUACGAAAAAGAAGAGAUACAUGAGCAACAAGUCUUUCAGCGGUUUGAAGAUGAGGAGAAAGAGUGGAUAAUGGUUCGACCCUCGUACCCAUCAGUCCGUAAAAUUGAGGCUGACCAAAAACCUCUUGACGUCGCUCGUGGCUCUUGGAAAGUAGGAGACUUAGUUGAUUGGCAUAAAGAUGAUUGUUACUGGUCUGGAACGGUUGUGGCAUUGAAGAAGAACGAACCAUUACAGGUUGAACUGUAUCCUCCACCACGUGGUGAAGGAGCGACUUACAACGCUUUGAGAAAGGACUUACGUCCAUCAUUGGAAUGGUCACUUGAAGAUGGCUGGACAUUGCCUUCUGCGGACGGAAGACAAGGCAAUGUGAUCGGCUCGUGAAACGUAAGAAAUGAAAGUUAGGCUUUCUACUUAUAUGAACGAUGAUUCUAUUAUGAGUAUUCUCUUAUGGUUUUUUUAAGAACUCAAUUGAAUUUCUUUCACACUUUUUGGAAACUCCUACUGUAUAUAACUCAUUUUAACAUUAUAAAAUCCUAAAUGAAAAGUCUGCUGGUA